UUGAAGGUGCAUAGGCUCGAAGAAUCAUCAAUUAAAUAUAUCAAUUAAGGGCAAUGGAAACUCAUACCAAAGUCUGCUUUGGUUAUUUAUCAAUCUUAAUGGUGACGAUCAUGAUGCUUUUGCAAACUGCAGAAGGUCAAGGAGGCUUAAAACUCGGGUUUUAUUCUUCUUCAUGUCCAAACGCUGAGGCCAUAGUGCGGUCUACUGUCAAGUAUUAUUAUGACAACGAUCCUACCAUCGCUGCUGGAGUGUUACGACUAUUUUUCCAUGAUUGUUUUGUGGAGGGCUGUGACGGUUCUGUAUUGAUUGAAGGAUCAUCCGCAGAGAGAAAUGCCUUAGCAAACCGCGGGGCAAGAGGAUUUGAAGUAAUUGAAUAUGCAAAGUCACAAAUAGAGGCCUCUUGCCCCAGGGUGGUUUCAUGUGCUGAUAUACUAGCCUUGGCUGCCCGCGACUCUGUUGACUUGAGUAAUGGGCCUAGUUGGAACGUUCCUUUGGGAAGAAGAGAUGGCAGAAUCUCUUUAGCAUCUCACGUAAACCUGCCUUCUCCUUUGGACUCUGUCGCGGUCCAGAGACAGAAAUUUGCAGACAAAGGCCUCGAUGAUCAAGACCUUGUCACAUUAGUUGGUGCACAUACCAUAGGCCAAACACACUGUCGAUUUUCAAGCUACAGGCUCUACAAUUUCACAAAAACUGGAAAUGCAGAUCCAACAAUAAGCCCGUCUUUUUUACAAAGAUUUCAAAAUAUCUGCCCCGUCAAUGGCGAUGGAUCAAGGCCAGUGGAUUUAGACAUAGAUUCGCAACUAAAAUUCGAUGUGAGCUUCUUCAAAAAUGUGCGGGAUGGAAAUGCAGUAUUAGAGUCUGAUCAAAGGCUUUGGGGUGACUCUGUGACACAAAAGAUAGUAAAUAAUUAUGCAGGAAACUUCAGAGGAUUACUAGGUGUGAGGUUUGCUCAUGAGUUCAAGAAAGCUAUGAUCAAAAUGAGUGGCAUUGAGGUUAAAACUGGAACUGAAGGGGAGAUUAGACAAAUUUGCUCAAGAUUCAAUUACUAAUGGGAUGAUUAAUAUAUCAUGACCAGAAUUAUAACGGAGCAGUAUGUAAGAUCGAUAGGACAUGUGUGAAAAUCAGUCGAGCAAUAAACAGUAAUACUCCUGAUGCUUCAAAAUUUAGUAAAUGACAAAGAGGUGAUCCGAAAUUUUUCAAAA